ACAGGAGGAGCAGUGGCAUGCUUAGGAGAGUCGGACUAUCUCUACGUCACUUCUUGCUGGAGAGGAAGAGCAGCGCUGGAUAUAGCUCGUAUUCCAGUGAGGCAAAAAUGUCAAGGCCACUGCAAGCUCGGAGGCUUGAAGGAAUAGAUGAGAAUAUCUGGGUGGAGUUUGUAAAACUGGCUUCCACCUACUCCACGGUGAACUUGGGCCAGGGCUUCCCUGACUUCCCCCCACCAGACUUUCUGAAGGAGGCAUUCAUGAAAGCCCUCAGCGGGGAGAACCACAUGCUGCACCAGUACACCCAUGGCUUCGGCCACCCACCUCUGGUGAAGAUCCUAGCCAAAUUUUUUGGGAAGCUGCUUGGACAAGACCUGGAUCCUAUGACCAAUGUGAUGGUGACUGUGGGGGCAUACCAGGCCCUUUUCUGCUGCUUCCAGGCUUUUGUUGAUGAAGGUGAUGAGGUGAUAAUCAUUGAGCCAUUUUUUGAUUGCUAUGAGUCGAUGGUGAAAAUGGCUGGUGGGACGCCUGUGUUUGUCCCACUGAAACUGAAAGCUCCAAAAGAUGGAAAACUGAUGUCUAGUGCAGACUGGCAGCUGGACCCAGCAGAACUGGCUUCUAAAUUCAGCAAACGGACAAAAGCCAUCGUCCUGAACUCCCCCAACAACCCUCUGGGCAAGGUAUUCAGCCGAGGGGAGGUGGAGCUCAUUGCAGACCUGUGUGUGAAGCACGAUGUCCUGUGCAUCAGCGAUGAAGUGUACGAGUGGCUGGUCUACGAUGGGAAGGAGCACAUCCGCAUCGCCAGCUUGCAAGGGAUGUGGGACCGCACAGUGACCAUCGGGAGUGCUGGGAAAACCUUUAGUGCCACUGGAUGGAAGGUGGGCUGGACUGUGGGACCCAACCACCUGCUGAAGCAUCUCCGUACCGUGCACCAAAACUCCGUGUACCACUGUGCCACAGUGGCCCAGGAGGCUGUGGCUCAGGGUUUCCAGAGGGAGCUUGAACUCUACGGGAAGCCAGACAGCUAUUUCAUCCAGCUCCCCAAGAUGCUGCAGCAGAAGAGAGACUGGCUGGUCCAGAGCCUGGAUGCUGUGGGGAUGAAACCCAUUGUCCCAGAGGGCACCUACUUCUUGGUGGCAGACAUCUCUGAGUUCAAAUCCGAUGUCCCUGAUGAUCCCAAUUCUGCUGAGCCCUACGACUCCAGAUUUGCAAAGUGGAUGGUCAAGAACAAGGGACUUGCUGCCAUCCCGCUCUCCGCUUUCUACUGUGGAGCCCACAAGAACAAUUACAGCCAUUUCAUCCGGUUCUGCUUUGCAAAGGAGGAAGCUACACUGAAGGCAGCAAAUGAUGUACUGCAAAAAUGGAAACGGGAGAAAACCAGUCCAUGA